AUGGACGCUCUAAAUAUCGUGGACAUCACUAAUUCGGGCAUCGAAAGUAUAGAAUGCAUGCCAGAGUAUGAUUUGUUACCAUCUAUGCUUAAACAUGCUACUAAAAAAAGUAAGAUGCCGAAAGAGGAGAAUUAUACGAAGAAAGAUGCGACGAAGCAAAAUUCCAAUCAGAAUAAAAUCGACAAGACAAAAUCCGAGCUCUUCUUGAAAUGUGACAUAUGUGGUGAACGCUUUAACAAGAAAUUCAUUCUGAUAAAACACAUAAAGCAGCACAUGUACCAGUGUCAAACUUGUUGCCAGAGUUUUAGUUUCAAGCGAGAUCUGAUGCAUCAUAUCAAGGAGAUUCACGAAUUUCCAUCUUAUCCCUGCAGUAUUUGCGAGUUCAAGAGUAACAAUAAAUGCAUCAUAAAGGAUCACUUCAUACGCAAGCACAGUAGCGGUUUCAAAUAUAACUGUAUGGUGUGUAAGAAGCUUUUUAAGCUUAAAAGCGAUUUGAAACGACAUAUGAAUUAUGUGCAUACUGGCGAAUCGUCGAACGUUUGUAGCAUUUGCGGACAUACAUGUAAUACCACGCGUGCCAUGAAAGCGCACCUGAGAUAUCGUCAUUACAAGCCGGCUUACGAGUGCAAGAUAUGCAAACGCGGUAUGACCUCACAAAAGAAUCUGGACCAGCAUCUAAUCUGGCACCAACGGAAAAGGGAAGUCGUCUGUCCCACUUGCGGCAAGAUCUUUGGUCAGACGAGGGACUUAACUCUUCAUUUGAAAAUCCAUCAGGGUAUUCGACCGUUCUCUUGUCCAGUCUGCGGCCACACUUUUUAUAAAAAGACGGCACAAGAACAGCACAUAAUGAUUCACACCGGCAAGAGACCGUAUAUCUGCGACAUAUGCGAUCAAACUUUCGCACAAAGGAUAGUACUCAAUAAUCAUAGAAAGCGUCAUCCUGGACCAUUGCAACCGUUACCUGUAAUAUCCAUUAAAAAAAUAAUCCAGGAGUUUAUGCAAGAAUGGACAGCUUCUGCUACGCAGCAACAAGAUAAAAAAACGUCAGAUAGUUAA